AUGUCUGAGAGGCAGAGUGAAAGGAGGAUGAGGCAGAGUCACUGCAUUGGCACAGCGUCUCUGAGUCAGAGUCAAAGCUUGGCGCGUGCAUCCAUCUGGUCAGCACGCACGCAGAUUGUAGUGGGAUCGACUAAAUCCCUGGCAGCGCUUGAGUGCCUGGUGGUCCGAAUGGAUGGAAAGGUGACCCUGAAGUAUCUGUUGUACAAUUCACCUGGACUGGCCAACUACUGCUGGAAGCCUGCUCGUCAAGAGGCCAUCCUCGAGCAAUCAAGAUCCCUCAAGGCGCUCUGUCCAAGGACAGAGAACGCAUACAAGGCGUGCCUUAAGAAACUGAAGGAAGACUUCAAGACUGGCCUUGAACUACCAGAUUGGGAGGAUUUCUUUAGGGAGUACGGCUCUGUGCUCCCAGCUAACCCAAUCAUCCUUGGCCAUUGGAAAGGGUUUGCGCAAUGCAUCACUGCCUCCCAUCUCUCCCAGUUCACCCGGCUGACAAUGUACAUGAGGACUGAUCUGGCGCAGGAGCUUGGACUCACAACAGCUGCGCAUCACAAGCCAGUUGCCAUAGCUGUCAACAUGCAGGCCGUGCUGAUGCAAGCAUACAACUCAGCAUACAACUGGUCGUUGCUUGCUCAGUGUCAUUCAUUCAAAGGCAUGCUCAAGAUAAUGACGCACACGGUCCCCUUCUGCGAUGACAAACUGGACCUCAAAGUCUUUCGCUUGGAGGUAUGGCGCACGCAAACCCCCUCUACGUCCUGCGAUCUGCGCGACAUGACUCUUGGCCAGUUCGAGUACCACCUUGCAGCCAUCGGACGACGCGCAGGCAUUGUGGAGCACCUCACUCCGUACGCCUUCCAUCGCCUUGCCGCCAACGCGCUAAACUGUCCUGAGGUCACCUCGGAGGACAGAGGCGCUGCCAUGGGCCACAAUGCGUGCAGCGCAGCCUACCGCGCAUACCAUGCCAGGACUGCCCAGAUCAAUGUCCAGGGACUGGUUGCGCAUGGCAGCAGGCAAGAAGUCUUUGGCGCAGCUGAUGUCAAGCACCUGCAAGAGGCUGUACGCGAUGCUCAGGCCACUUUCAAGAGCUUGCACGCUGGAAUCUCUAUCCGGCAAGGCAAACAACUUGGCUAUGCGCUGGCAAAGGCCAUCAAGUCACCUGAGAAUGACCUCUCACACUUGAUCAAUACUUGUCUGUUGGCCCAGUGGCGCAAGGAAGUUGCAGCAGCGGUAGAGAGUGAGAACCUGCGCGCCUUUGCCCCCCAGAUUGCUGAGCUGGCCACCGCAGCUGCCUUACGGAGCACUGUGGAUGGCAUCCUUCUGGACGCACCAUCCAGAAACGGUGUCGAUGUCUUGUCAUCCCUGGGAAACGCCGAUCUGAGAGAUUCAGCAGCGCUUCGGGCCAACGUGGAGGAAGAGCUGGAAGUGGACUUGGAUCUUGGUCUGGACAUUGCGUCUAUUCAAGCCCAGCCAACAGCACCACGGACACAUUUCGACACCGAGCCCAACGUCAGCCUAGUCCCACCAACACGCUUUGCGCUUGCUCAUGCCAACCACGCCCACAUGCAAGCAACGCUCAAGGGUGGACGGGACUUGGAGUCAGACCAGUAUCUUGCACUGCUGCGUCAGAUGCUCAACAAAGAGAUGCUGCACGGCUUGCCACUAGCGCGAGCAACGCCGAGUGCCGAAGCGAGUGUCAUUCCGGCGUUGGAGGCGAUGGAGGUCUUCACGCAGUGUCCGCUCCCUGAAGGAAAAAACCGCAAGACACCCUGGCAGGGCUGCGGCAAUGUUUCGGGCGAUGAUGUUGCGGAGCUGGUCUGGCAUGUGGGCACCCAGCACACCAAUUUGGCCAAAGGGACCCCUUGCCGCUUGUGUAGCAAGCGCUUUGGCUCAGCAAACGAUGGCUACUGCCACUACGAGGCAGAGCACAAUGUCGUGUUUGCGAGCGCUGCACACAGGAAGCUGGCGCAACCGCCUGCCAUCAAGGAGAUCGUAGCUUCAAUCACUCACCGCUGCAAACUGUGUCACAAGACUCUGCUGGGUAGAGCAGCCUUGCUGUAUCACUGCAUGGCGCAUCAAGAUGAGUUCAAGCAUCGUGGCGUGCCACUGCCAUUGCCCGGCGCCUCGGCAGACUUGGCAAAGGCUGGUGUUUGCCCCAUCUGCAUGAAGUCGGACUUGCCGGCCGUCAACGCCGUCACGACAUUCUCGAGGAUGCAGAGCCUCAGCGAGCACCUUCAGACGGUGCACAUCCACAAGGACAUGGAGAAGCCGUUUGUGCAGGAGCGCUGUCCAUACCCAAUGUGCGCGACGAGGUGCGGCACCUACGUCGACUUCAUCAAUCACCUUGUCAAGGAGCACUGCAUCGCCAUUUUUGGCAUGCAGGAGAAGGAAUGA